AUGAGGAAAAUUCCUGACAAGUCAUGGAUAGAUAUCCCUAGGAUUGAACGGUUUCGCGAUCGACGUUAUAGGGAUGGAUGUGAAGCCUUCAUGAAGUAUGCCGAAAUGAACCCAAAUAAUUUAAGUAGCGGUGCAAUGUACUGCCCCUGUUAUAUAUGUAAGAAUAUGAAGCUGAAAAAUAGAGAGGAAAUACGAAGUCACUUAGCAAACUCUGGGUUUUACGCUGAAUAUAAAUAUUGGUCCUACCACGGGGAAGGCCAUACUGAAAUUGAAGUACCAGAUGUGCAUGUUGAUGCCAGUCAUGCUCUUGAUAUAGAUGAUACAGAAAAUUUACAAACUGAAGGUGGACCUAGCCAUACCGAAUACGAUAUUAACAAUGACAGUGAAGAUGAUAUCGUAGAUGAUGUCCAAGAUGCAACUGAGAUUCAAGAUGUUGAUGACCCAGAAGGCUUUGGAGAUGCUCAUAUUCCUGAGGACUUGGAUCGUAUAAUGAAACUACUGGAGGACAGUGAAAAGGAUCUGUAUGAGGGUUGCACCGAGUACUCCAGAUUUUCAUUUAUGUUGGAGCUCUUGCAUAUUAAGAACCUCAGUGGAAUGGCAAAUACUUAUUUCGAAAUGCUUCUUGAUUUGUUGCGGAAGGUAGUUCCAGGAGGAGAGCGUAGCAUUCCUAAAACAACUUAUGCGGCUAAGCAAAUUGUUUCCGAUUUGGGACUUGAUUACAAUAAGAUUGAUGCGUGUCCCAAUGAUUGUAUUCUCUACUAUAAGGAUAAUAAAGAACUUCAGGAAUGUCCAACAUGUGGAGUAUCUCGAUGGAAACAACGCACCCGCUCUUCAACAAGGCGGACAACAGAGUCAGUGUACAUGCAGAGCAAGAUUCCAGCUAAGGUGCUUCGCCAUUUUCCAUUAGUUUCUAGAUUGCAACGUCUGUAUAUGAACAAAGACACCGCUAAGAGCAUGAGGUGGCACAAAGAGGGUCGUAUAGAAGAUGGUAAGUUGAGACAUCCAGCUGAUGCAGAGGCUUGGAAGCAUAUUGAUAAGACUUUUCCCAAUUUCGCUCAUGAAUGCAGAAAUGUCAGACUUGGGCUUGCUAGCGACGGAUUCAAUCCGUUCGGGGUUAUGAGUUCAGGUAAGCAUGCACCAGGUAAUGAUAUUGAUGUCUACUUAGAGCCCUUAAUUGAUGAGCUAAAACAGUUAUGGUCGGAGGCUUAUGCUAAUCUUUCUGGUUGGUCUACAAAAGGCAAGUUUGCUUGUCCAGUAUGUGGCCCAGAAUUUGAAGGCCUUCACUUACCAUAUAGUCGAAAAUGUUGUUAUUGGUUCAACAGGAGAUGGUUGCCCUCGGGCCAUAAAUACAAAAAAUUAAGCAAUAAGUUUGACGGCACUGUUGAGACUAGGAAUAAACCACGUCAAAUGACCGGUGCUGAUAUUGUAAAGUUGCUUGAGCAUCUUCCUAAAAUUAGAUUUGGUAAGAACCGAUAUUCUAAAUAUUUGGGGUUUAUGAAGCACCUAGUUCGCAAUCGAGCUCAUCUAGAGGGUUCUAUGGCUGAAGGUUACGUGACCAACGAAUGUCAUACGUUUGCAUCACGUUACAUGCGCAACCGCGUAAAAGCUGAUCAGCCCCCAACUAAGGAGAAGAAACUCGUAAAAUAUCCAAGAUCUGACUUGGAGCAGGUUCAUGCAUAUGUAUUGAAUAAUCUUGACAUUUUCAGCGAUUAUCGAAGGUAA